GAACAUUUAAGUUUGGUUCGUGAAGCUAUUUUAUCAGGAACGUGGGAUAAUGUCCCAAUACAGUACAGAACAGCCACAAUCAAAGAUGAUUUAAGUGAAUACGGUAAUAUGAUAUUGAGAGGAGAUAGAAUAGUCAUUCCACGGAGCCUACAGGAGAAGACAGUUCAGUUAGCUCAUCUAGGACAUCAGGGUACUACAGGAAUAAAAGCUCACCUUAGAUCAAAAGUAUGGUUCCCGGAAAUGGACAAGCUGAUCGAAAAAGUGUGUGUUAUACUAGCCGAUUCAUUCAAAUCGAGGCAAUGAAACCAGCAACGUCACAGCGGGUGAUUAGUGCAUUACUUAAAAUGUUUGCCAGUUUCGGUGUACCACGCUCUAUAACUGCAGACAAUGGCCCGCAAUUCAGGUCGACAGAAAUGAAGCAAUUCUGCAAAAGUUACGGCAUCCAUUUGAAUCUAUCUACUCCUUACUGGCCGGAACAGAAUGGAGCAGUAGAGCGCCAGAUGAGGAAUUUGGGGAAACGUGUGAAAAUUAGUGUGAUCCAGGACACAGACUGGGAAGCUGAUUUGCUGGAUUAUUUACUAAUGUACCACUCUACACCUCAGGAAACAACGGGUGUCUCACCAGGCCAAAUGAUGUUUGGCCGAGAGUUGAGAAAUGCAAUUCCCACUGUGGAAAAAUCCGAUGUUUUGAAAUGGGAGGAGGCGAAGGACCGUGAUAUGAUUACGAAGGAGCGAAUCAAACAAUAUAGUGAUGAACGUCGUGCCGUUAAACACCAUUCACUACUGCAGGGAGAUACUGUCAUCAUGAAGAAUUGUAAACUGGGGGCGCUAGAGCCUCGAUUUAGAGCAGAAGAGUUUGAUGUAAUUAGUGUAAAUGGAGGUGAAGUGAAAGUAAAAUCUAAGGACAGUGGAUGUAUAUAUGUACAGUGGUCACUUGAAAAAGCUAGGAAGUGAUGAGGUAGGAUCAGGCCAGCAGGGUGGUAAGAGAUCAGAUGUGGAGGAGGAAGAGAAGCGGAAGAAGACGAAAAAGCGAAAGGUACAGCUACCCAAGCGUUCUGACGGUUUUUUACUGUGAGGAAAAUUUCACAAAGUAAUAGUCAAUAUCCAGACAGUUAUAAAUAAAUGUCAAGUAAUAAAAAGUGGACAUGCUUUUCAUUUUCUUAAAACAAGGAGAGAUGUAUCGGUUAUCU